AUUAUUAAAACAGUUUAAAAUUUGAACUAAUUUAUUAGUACAGAAGUUAUUUAUUGUUAUAUAUAAGUACCUACUGUAAUAUUGGUUAUGUUCAAAGUUGUAGUUACUAAUCAUUUGCUUUUUACUAAUCAAUUUUAUUUUUUAAAUUAUUUAAUUUAUUUUCUAACAAACAGUCAACAAGUGUUUUACGUAAAAACUUAAUUAAUAUAAUUUAAAAUAAAAAUUGGUGCACCAUGUUAUAUAGCAAAUAUUUUUCUUUUUAUAUCUUAAGUUGUUUAUUUUUUUUUAAAUCUACUGCUGUCUAUGGAUUAAUAGAUCCAGUUACAGGAACUUUUGUUGUAGGAGCUUUUGUGACAGGAUACUUUUAUAAUAAAUCAAAUUUUACAAUGCCUAAUAUAUUCCCUAUUUUUGGCAGAUGUCCUAAAACAUAUGAUAUUAAAGAAUUAGAACGUGCCAUAGAAAAAAGAUUUUUUGGGCAACAUAUUGCUACAAAAAUUGUAUUAUCUGCUUUGGCAGGUAAUCUGCAUCGUAGCAAAUCUAACAAAAAACCAUUAGUAAUGUGUUUUCAAGGUUGGACUGGUUCUGGUAAAAAUUUUUUAACAGAGUUAAUUGCUAGUCAUAUGUUCUCUUCAGAAGCAGUAAGAAAAUUACGGUUUCAUGUUAUUCAUGGAAGAUCUGAUUUUAUUUAUCAAUCUCAAAUUAAUGUUUAUAAGGAAAAACUUUAUUAUGAUGUGAAAUCCAAAAUAAAAUCAUGUGACACAAAUGUAUUUGUUUUUGAUGAAACACAUUAUAUACCUAUUGGUAUAUUAGACAUACUAAUACCUAUUCUUGAAAACAAUGAUGUGUCAAUUGAUUCUAGGAAUUCUAUUUUUAUAUUUUUAACUAAUGCAGGAGGUAAAGCUAUUGUAACUAAGUACUUAGAUCUUUGGAGUAAAGGAAUUUCUAGAGAGUCCAUGAAAAUUCAAGAUUUUGAUAUUAUUUUACAAAAAUCUGCUUUUAAUGAAAAAGGAGGGUUGAUGAAGAGUGGAUUAAUUGAUUCCCAUAUUGUUGAUUAUUAUGUUCCAUUUUUACCACUCGAAAGAGAUCAUGUGGUAAAAUGUAUUGAAUCAGAGUUCAAAAACUUAAAAAAAUAUUUGGAUCCCUCUACGAAAAGUGAAAUAUUGGAGAUGGUUUCGUUUGGUCCUGAGCCUGAAAACUUAUUUGCUACUUCAGGUUGUAAAAGAAUUAAUCAGUUUGUUGCAUCUCAAUCAAAUCCUGAUUUGGUUUGAUAUUUUUAAGGUAUACUGUGAGUGUUCUUGUACAUACACUUUUGGAAAAAAACCAAUCUGAAAAUAAAUAUAUUUAUAUAUUUUUUAAAAAUA